GUUUUGUUUUUAUGCGUAGCUUUUUUAUUUAAGAAUUAAUUUGUUUAAAUAUAAUGGCUGAAGCUUUUCCUGUUGAUUCUUCCAAGGAAAACACAACCAAACCAGUAUGCCUAAUUGUCCUUGGUAUGGCGGGCAGCGGAAAGACUUCUCUAGUUACAAGACUAACCUCGAAUAGCGAAAACAAGCCUUACGCCGUUAAUUUAGAUCCAGCUUGUUACAAUUUACCCUAUUUCGCCAAUGUAGAUAUACGAGAUACAGUGAACUACAAGGAAGUAAUGAAGCAGUACAGCUUAGGCCCCAACGGGGCCAUAGUGACCUCAUUAAAUUUAUUCUCCACAAAAUUCCCCGAAGUGAUCAAUCUCAUACAGAAAUCCGGCAAGGAAUUGUGCGUGUUAGACACUCCCGGUCAGAUAGAAGUAUUCACGUGGUCCGUUUCGGGGUCCAUAAUCACAGAAACUCUAGCUUCUUCGUUUCCCACUGUAGUUUUGUACGUAGUGGAUUGCGUCAGGAGCACCGCGCCCGUUACAUUCAUGUCGAACAUGCUGUACGCUUGUUCGAUACUGUACAAGACCAGGUUGCCCUUCAUCGUGGUGAUGAACAAAGUGGACAUAGUCGAUCACUCGUUCGCCAAAGACUGGAUGAGCGAUUUCGAGGUGUUCCAAGAAGCCCUGGAGACGGACGAGAGCUACAUCAGUAAUCUAACUCGAUCGAUGGCCCUGGCACUGGACGAGUUUUAUCAGAAUUUGAGGAUUUGCGGGGUGAGCGCCGCCACCGGGCAAGGAAUGGACGAUUUGUAUAAGCUGGUGAAAGAGGCCGCCGACGAGUACGAACGCGAUUACCGCGUGGAAUGGGAGAAAAUUAGGGCCGAGGCGCAGGUUAGAAAGACGCGGGAACGGGAAGAGAAAGGUGACGAGCUCGUAACGGAGGUUCCAUCUGGCAGGGAAUUGUCGGAUGUGUAUUUGAGGCAUCCGGCUAACGAAAGUAGCUCGGAUUCGGAAGGGGAGGAAGCUGAUGCAACGAUUGAUAAUGCUGAUAGUGAAAAGGAUGUGGAAAACUUUCGACGAGUGUUGCAACAGCAGAGAGAUAUGCAAAUUAAAAGAGCCAAGGAUGCGGAAAUAAGUAAGUUUGAAAAAAACAGCUGAAUAAAUAUUUUUAAUGAGA